CAGAGCCACUCAGAGGGAGCGUCACACACACCUUCUGGCGCAACAGGCGCAGUGUGAAACACAAGCAGGUCAGGAGUGAUGGGACAUUUCAGCUGGACUUCACACGGAUGUGUGUGCCGUGGGUGUGUAUGGUUUGCGUGAAGUUAAAUACAGCUGUGUGGCACAGGUGUGUGAAGAAUAGGUGUGUAUAUAGGUGUGAGUGCUUGAUAUAUGUAUGUUUAUAGAUAGAUAAAUAGAUGUACAGAUAAGUGUGCGGGCAUACAGGUCAGAGUGUAGGUGUACAGGUGUGUGAGGAAGUACAGGGGAGCAUGUGUUGAUGUGCAAGUGAGUGUGUAGUGUAAGUAUAUGUAUCUAGGUGUGCAUACAGGCAUACAGAUGUGUAUGUAUGUAAAGGUGUACAGGUGUUGAGGUGUGUAUGUAGGUGUCCACGUGUAUGUGGUAAAGGUGUGAGCAUCCUGCUGUACAGUUGUGUAUGUAUAUAUAGGCAUAAGGGUGAGUGUAAAUAGGUGUACAGGUGAGUGUGUAGGUAUUCAGAUGUGUGUGUGUGAUAUAGGCGCAUACAUCUAGAUGUGCAGGUGUGUGUAUAUAUAAAUUUAUAUAGGCAUACAGGUGAGUGUGCAGGUGUACAGGUGAGUGUGUAAGUGUUCAGGUGGUACUCUAGGUGUAUUUAAAGUGUACAGGUGUGAGAGUAGGUGUACAGGCUAUGUGUGUACAGGUGUGAGUGUACAGGCGUGUUUGUGUGUGUGUGUGUGUGUACAGGUGUGAGUAUAUAUAUCAGUAUGGGGGGCUUUUGGGCCGCUGUGGUUCCGGUGCUGCAGGUGUUCUUCCUGUCUCUGCUGCUGCUCAUCAUGCUGCCCGCCAUGUUCGGCUUUUCACUGGGCAUCACAGAGACCUACAUGAAGAUCCUCAUCAAAACACUGAAGUGGGCAACACUGAAGAUUCAGAAGAGCAGCAGAGAGGAGCAGACCUUAAAACAUUCUUCAUCUAACGGUCUGAUCCAGAGGGAUGACUCCUCACUGGAGAAGGAGCUUGGGGAGCAGCGGAGGAACCGGCGGGGGGAUUUCGCUCUCAGUGACGUGUUUUAUUUCAGUCGGAAGGGCAUCGAGAGUAUAGUGGAGGACGAGGUCACUCAGAGGUUCAGCUCGGAGGAGUUAGUGUCCUGGAACCUGCUCACACGAACCAACAACAACUUCCACUACAUCUCCCUCAGACUGACCAUCCUGUGGGGCGUCGGGGUCAUCGUCCGCUAUGGCAUCCUGCUGCCCCUCAGAGUCACUCUGGCGGCUAUCGGGCUCAGCUGGCUGGUCAUCGGCACCACUGCGGUGGGAUUCAUCCCGAACUGCUGGUUAAAGGACUGGCUGAGUGAGCUGGUGCAUGUGAUGUGCUAUCGGAUCUGCGCCAGAGGCCUUUCAGCCACCAUCCACUACCAUAACAGAGAGAACAAACCAAAGAAAGGAGGAAUCUGUGUAGCCAAUCACACUUCACCGAUCGACGUGGUGAUCCUAGCCAAUGACAGCGGCUACGCCAUGGUGGGGCAGGUCCACGGAGGGCUGAUGGGCGUGGUCCAGCGGGCGAUGGUCCGAGCAUGCCCGCACAUCUGGUUUGAGAGGGCGGAGAUGAAAGAUCGCCACCUGGUGACACAGAGAUUGAGGGAUCACGUGAACGACAAGAAGAAACUGCCCAUCCUCAUAUUCCCCGAGGGAACCUGCAUCAACAACACGUCCGUCAUGAUGUUCAAAAAGGGAAGUUUUGAAAUCGGAGGCACCAUUUACCCCGUCGCUAUAAAGUAUGACCCUCAGUUUGGCGAUGCGUUCUGGAACAGUGCAAAGUAUAACAUGGUCAGUUACCUGCUGAGGAUGAUGACCAGCUGGGCAAUUGUCUGCAACGUCUGGUACCUGCCCCCCAUGACCCAAAAGGAAGGAGAGGACGCAGUGCAGUUUGCUAACAGAGUGAAGUCUGCUAUCGCACAGCAGGGGGGACUGGUGGACCUCUCCUGGGAUGGUGGUCUGAAAAGAGCAAAGGUGAAGGACACUUUCAAACAGGAGCAGCAGAAGAAGUACAGCAGCAUGGUGGUCGGAGACGACAGCAGUGAAUGAACUGGAAAAUCCACCAAUCACAGACCUCCAAGAUAUCAAACCAACUAAUCGCAGACCCCCGAGACAUCAAACUCACCAAUCACAGAUCUCUGAGACAUCAAACCCACCAAUCACAGACCUCCGAGAUACCAAACUCACCAAUCACAGACCUCUGAGACACUGAGCCCACCAAUCUUAGACCUCUGAGACACCAAAUCCUCCAAUCUCAGAUCUGCAGGACACCAAACCCACCAAUCACCACCCUCUGAGACACCAUAUCCACCAAUCACAGACACUAACACAGAGGUGCUAAAGCCUCUGGUUACUCUGUGGUAUUUUGUUGUAAAAGGUUUUACAGGCGUUCCUCAGCUCAGCUCUGCUGACAACCUAAAGACAUUCAUGUCAGUGCCUUCAGGAGAACAAACUCUGAACUGCACACAGCUCUCUGCCUCGAACAGAACAGGACAAGAUAUUGUUUUUGAGGAAAGUAAACUAAUUUGGCAGUUAUAUGGCAAAUUAUGGCAUUUUGCUAAUCGUUAAUGUUCAUUCAGUUGUAAUACACAAGAAAGUGGAACUUUGCAUUGUUUAUUUUUCUGAUGACAGAAAAAUCCUCAUGUUCUUCAUUUUAAAGUUUUGAUGUGCUGUUUAUUUUUCCUCAAUAAAUUAAUUUCUGACAAAUAAAA